AAGUCUACAUGAGUCACGUGACGAUCCAGCGUUUGGAACGUCCGUUGACGUAGCUCUGGCUGUGUCUGAAACCGCUCACUGGUUCACUCAUUCCCUAUAUGGCGAAGAAGGACGCUGGUUAUGCCUCACAGAGAGCACUCUGUCGCGGACAUUAUGGAUUAUAUCGUCAAACAAGGCACUGAGAGCAACCAACAAAUCGCAGCACACUACAUUCGCCAAUUAUAACUGCAAUUGAAAUUGUGUGCUCUGGCCAGAAAAGACUCAAAUAUAACUUCGGUCUUCACUCCAUGUAAAAUACGGCGCCACCUAGAUGACAGCUAACUACAGAUGACUAUGUCCAGCAAGAAAAGAUCCUCCAGUGAGCAAGAGUUCACUCUCUGCAGUGCACUUCUAGAGGCUACACAACAGGCAGAGUCUCAAGCUGCAGAGCUAAAGGAGAAACAGCAUAUCCUAAACUCGGUUCAGGGUACACUAUCAAAGAUGGUAAAGAGCUAUGACACUGUUUCCAAUAACAUUAAACUGAAGGAGCAACAAAUCAGUGGCAUCAGUAAUGAGACUGAACAGGUACAAAAGCAACUUGAGAGACAGCAGACAGAGAUACAGGUGAUCCAGAUGGAAAACAUGAAACUCAGCUACAUCAUAGAAGACCAAUUAGAGAGCUCACAUUUCUUGUUGGCUUGGUACAACACUUACCAUAAUAAAAUGGAGAGCUACAAAAUGUCAGUCUCUGCAAUGGAGAGCCAAGCAGCUAUUCAUAAGGAGUUGAUGGAAAAAAGGGAAGAGGUGAAGAGACUCAGGGAGCACAGAAAGGAACUGAAGGUGGACUUACAGAAUCCAGAUGCUAUACGACAGGUUCAGAAAGAAAUUGACAACUUUAAGGCCCAGAUACACAACACAAAAGAGCAUGUAAGAAGAAAAGGGAUAUUAUUGGAGAAAGAGAAAAAGAACCAAUCACAACUGAGAAAGGAUAUAGCGAUUCACAACAGAAGAUGCGAGGCGAUUGUGAAACGGCUUUGCUGCCAGCUGAACAAAGCUCAAUCCAGUCAUGGAGAGCUGAGAAGUGACAUCUUCCAUAUGGAGAAAGAGGUGGAACAUCUCAAGAAGCAACUAGGUACCUCAUACGAUGUAGAAUGAAUCAAUGUACAAAUGCACACUCUAGUAAUAAUUCAGUUUGUCCAUAUAGUGCAUGUUACAAUAUGACAAUAUGAUUUGUGUUCUGCAACAGAUUUUUAUUCAUGAUUGUUAUCUUGGUUUAUUUCCAUGGAAGACUUUUUGAUGUGGAAUAUAUAAAUUAAUGACUAAAUUAAUUUACAGUGCAUAACAAAUAACAAAUAAUAAACACAUAUUCUUCAUGUCAGUAUUUCUAUUGCAAACUCAUUGUAGAACACUGUAUGUCUGAAGGUGGGUGGGAAAGAUGGCUCAAGAGACAGAUGGACUUUGACGGAGUUUCAGGGCUCACUUGAUUGUUCCACAAGGCACUUUUCAGCUCUCUCUCAAUAACUCAACUGGAAAAAACCCAAAAUAAAACAUAUUCCCCAUAUUUCGGGGCUUUUCACCAAAUCUUUCCAAGUUCACACUCUGAGUGUGUGUGUGUUAUGUUCAAGCUCUGUUGGCUCUGUUGUCCCUCUCUCUCAGGUUCACAAAUUGUAAAAGUCAGUAAAACUAUUACGUUCACAAUUAAAUAUACAUUUGGCAGCAGUGCUUUAUUUCCAUAAAACUGCAGCACUGCUUGCUGAACUGG